AUGUGGGAGGCGAGGCUGGAGCCCACCCUGUUCAGCUACAACGCUGGGAUCAGCGCGUGUGAGAAGGGUCGACUGUGGCAGCAGGCGCUGGCGCUGCUGAGCGAGGCGCGGGAGAAAACGGUGGAGCUCGACGUCAGCUACAGCGCUGGGAUAAGCGCAUGCGAGAAAGGCCAGCAGUGGAAGCGGGCUAUGGUGCUGUUCGGAGAGAUGCGGGAGGCCGAGCUGGAGCCAACUGUCAUUCUCUACAUUGCAGGGACAUGCGCGUGCGAGAAGGAGGUGCAGCGCGGGCGUCCCCGCGCGCGUCCGGGCGGCUUCGGCCGGCUCCAGCGCGUCUCCUGGCGGCUCCAGCGCACUCCAAGAUGGCCCCUAAGACGGUCCCAGGGCCUCCAAGACGGCCCAUGA